ACCCGUAACCGCCUUCCAGCACUCCACCCUCUCACCUCCCCGCCGCCAGUCGAACCACCCCUUCUCCUCCACCACAACCGCGGUCGCCGCCACUACCACCAUAUCCACAACGCUAAACCAAGCACACAGGGACUGUAAUUUAUCCUUUAUCUAGUCGAUAUUUUUUUGGAUUAGCCCUAGGUCGUUGCCAUUGUAUUGUGUAUAUAUCCCGUAGGUGUCGAAAUUCACUUUGAAUCUGAAAAAGAUCUCAACUAUGGAAGAAACCCUAGUUUCAACCCCUCCACGAUUCCAUUCUCUCUCCUCUCCAUUUUCUUCUUCAACUGAAGUUUCAGAACCAGAUUACACAAAACCUAGCCCUAAGUCUUCAGCAGCAAAAGCACCACCACCUUCUGUUACGCGGCUAUGGAGACCAGCUGCACAGCGAAACCUCAGAAAUCAAUGGUCUAACUUGGCUUCUUACCGUCAAAAGUGGAACUCUUCGUCUUCCAUCGCUCGAUCUCAUGUCACUUCUCUUGUUAACGCUUUUCUCUCUCAAAGGUACAUGAAUGCUAGGGAGUUGGGUGUGUUGAGUGAUAUGCCGGAUAUUCGAAAAAAAGCUUGUUGCAAAUUGUUCAAACAGCAGGAGCUUCUUCAGAGGAAACUCUUAUCUUUUUACAAGGACUUGGUUGCUGUUGUAACCCACAUGAUCGACAGUAGUAGAUCGAUGAGGUGUUUCCUUAAAGGGACUAGCAGUAGUCCACUUGUACAGUUUUCCAACUGUUCUCGGGAAGAGAAUGACACUGGUGAUGGUGGGGGAAUCGUUGUCUUUACAUUUUGGUCAAUCUCCUUUUUUGAGGAACUAGCGCAGGAACUUGUUCAGAUGUUCACAUUGGAACUGAAUUUGAAGCGGUUGAUUGUAGUAGAGUUGCUCUCCAUCAGUUGUGAAGAAGUUCCACAAAUUAAUGAAUUGCGUUGGUCAGAUGAACUUUAUCCUGGGGAGUUUGAUGAUUUGUGUUUAUGCAACUUGUAUUCAAAAGACGUUUGUGAGCCAGUUCUUCCAAGGUUAAAGGGUUGGAAUUCUGAUAUUCCGACUGUGCAAACUAAACGCCAAUCAGACCAUGAUGUUUUACAGGUAUAUAUCACAAGCUGGCUUGCAGAAGUGAGCAUAGAUAUACACAGGGUGAAUGACAUAUUUGGUCUGGUUAGCGAGGAAAUGCAUGUAAACCUAUCUUGAAGUUGCUGCUCUGGAGUAUGUACAUGAGAAGACACCCGGGGGGGGGGAAGAAAUUCAUCAUACUACCUUGAGUCCAAAAGAAAGGCAUUCUCACUACAGAUGAUUGAAUGGAUGUUUCUUUGGGGCUUAUAAUCUUGAUCUUUUGUAAACUAUGGGAUGGUUUCUCAUGGCCUGGUAGACUUGUUCUUGUGGUUCAUCCAUGGAAAUACUCUCAAAAUUGCUGCAACCAGCACCCCCUUGUAAGCUAAGUGCUGCUACUACCUUUAUGACAUGAUGGUAAGAUUUAGUGAUGAAGGUAUCAAAUUCUGCAUCCCCAACAGGAAAAAAAAAAAAAAAAGGAAUUAAGUUGGUUAUCCAUCGGGACAUACAUGGUCAAAAUAAUCUACAAUGUUUUAGUCUAUGGAUUUUUUCUAAUGAAUCCUAGUUCCACUUAUAUAUAGCACGACCAAGGUAAUGUUCCUAUAUCAUUGACUGGUGUGGUGCAUGCAUUCCGACUCGUGCCCUGUUGUAAAUUCUGGUUUCUGUUGUAAUAGUAUU